AUGAACGAUCCACUAACAGAAACUACAAGGUUCCGUAGGCAUAGUCAUGCAGAUAUUCUUCAUAGUCCAAGUCAUCGUCGUAGCAAUUCAGCUCGUUCUGUCGAUAUAUUUAAUUUAGUUGUUCCAACAAAUUCCGAUUCAACAUUGUCACAAUUAAUAUGUCCUAUGUGCUCGCUACCAAUGAAAAGACCAACUAUAUUACCAUGUAAACAUACAUUUUGUUUUCAAUGUAUAGAAAACAAACAUCACGUUCAUGCAAGUUCAGCACCAACUCAUCUAAACAAUUAUUUAUCACCAAUUCCAAAUCCAACAAUAGUAGUACAAUGUCCACAAUGUUCACGUUUACAUCGCUUAAAAUCUUUAGAAGAUUUAGAAGAAGAUCAUUCAUUACAAUUAUUAAUAAAUACACUUUUAUGUGAACAAUGUCAUCAAUUACAUCCAUCAAAACAAAUUGAUACAUGUUCUGACUGCUAUCGUGUAUUUUGUAUAAAUUGUUAUAAACAACACGUUCAAAGUCAUCGAGAUAGUUCAAAAACAAAUAAAUAUGAUUAUCGAGAUGUAUCUACAGAUGAAACAGUCAAUAUAAGUAUGACAUUAGAUUCGGAUGAAAAUGAUCAAUCUUCAGAUAGUCAAAUAUUUAAACCACGAUCAUUUAAUAACGAAAAGAAGUUAACAACUGAAUUAACGAAACCAACAUUAGUCAAAGAAAAUAAUGUAGAUGAAAAUACAGAUCCAUCAGAAAUUACAAAUACAAAGAAAAAAUCUACUAUUUUUCAUAGAAUAAUGAGUCCUUCUCGACGUCAUCGAUCACCUAAUGUAUCUAAUAAAGAUAGUGUAACAAAAAAUUCUUCACCAUCUGUUAUUAAACAAACAAAUUCAACGAAAAGUAUUCUUCGAAAAAAAUUAACUAUUAAUACCAAUAUUCAAGAAACAUCAAAAACAGAAUCUAUACAAACAAACUUACCUGUUACACCUCUUCGUCAAUUUGUAAAUCUUACUGAUCAAUAUUCAAAUACUGUUCAACGUGUACAAAAAUGUAAACAACGAAAAACAGAAUUAGAUCGAACUGUUCAAAAACUUAUUGAAGUAUUGACUAUAAAAACAAAUGAAAAUAUUAAUCAAAUAUCGCAAUAUUGGAGUUAUUUAAAACAAACAUUAUUAGAUCAAUUUCAAUCGAAAACUAAUCGAUUUUUAAUAUUCGAUUAUUUAUUAAAAAAUUGUUGUUCAGGUUUAGAUUCUCGAAAACAAAUCGGUUUAUAUGUUGAAAAAAACGAUGAAAUUAAAGCAGCACUUGAAGUUCUAUCAAAAACAUUAAACAUUGUUACUAAUCAACAAUCUCUAUCAAUCAUAAGUCAACUAUUCGAUCGUGAAGGACGAACAACAAUACGUACAUUAAAAAAUCAACUUGAAACAUUAUUAUCAUCAUAUUCAGAUUCAUGUUCUUUUAUUAAUGAAUUUGUUAUUGCAUACGAAGCACGUUUUGCUACAUGGAAAGAGCCUAAUCCAAUUGAUUUAAAUUUAAUAACUGAUGGUUGGACAAAAAUUAUUAAAGAAGAUUAUCCAUCAUUAAUAGAAAAAAUUUCCAAUGAUUUUAUAAACACAAUACCACAACUAGAACAAACUCUUUUACAAAUGCUCAAUAAUAUGAGAAAACGUUUGUUAACUAUCGAUAAUCAAACAACAAGUCAAAGGACUAGUACUUCUUAA